UUGUUUAAAAUUUAAUGCAAAUUAUAUUAGAUAUCAUAAUAUUUCACUAUAGCAAAUAUAUUUCAUGACAGUCGUCCUUCCUCUAUAUCAUUACAACAAUUUCUGAUGCAACAUGUAUUAUCACAAUAAUAUUGAGAAGCGCUUCUCCCUUCCAUCUUCAUUUUAUUUGCGUGAUAAGACUUGUACAAAACAUACGAACAUUCAUAAUGUUCUACGCUGCGUUCCGAGCAUCUCGUUUCCUCGUUACAGUCACGAUGGAUUCAUCGUUGCUUUCGUCCCCGUUUACACUACUAUUGAUCACUUUGAUCGUUAUCGGUGUUAUAAAAGUUAUCGCGAUAAUAUAUAAUAUGUACUUUUACUGGAAAAAUAAAGGUGUGCCUUAUUUGCCAGAAUCAUUACCGUCUCUUCUAACGGAUUGGAAAAUGUUAUUAGGCCGAAUUAGUUUUGUUAAUUAUUGCCAAUACAUAUACGACUACUUCCCCAACGCAAAAUAUAUUGGAAUAAUGGAUGCUACCACGCCUGCCGUACUACUGCGUGAUCCCGAGCUGAUCAAAGAUAUCAUGGUGAAGGAUUUUGAACACUUCCUGGAUCACCGCACUUUCGUCGACGAAGAUAUGGAACCGCUAUUUGGCAAAAACAUUUUCUUCCUCCGCGGUGAUCGCUGGAGGGAAAUGAGAACUAUAUUGAGCCCGUCUUUUACCGCCAGCAAGAUGAAGUUUAUGUUUAAUCUUAUAUCAAAAUGCUCUAAGGACUUUGUUGAUUAUUUGGCAGACCAUCCGGAAAUCUGUCAAGCGAUCGAGACCAAAGGAGCCUUCAGACGGUACACCAACGACGUAAUCGCUACCGCAGCCUUUGGCAUAAGUGUGAACUCUAUGAAGGACCAAGAUAACGAAUUUUACAAGAGAGGCGUGGAGGCUACUAAAUUUUCUAGUGGAUUACUAACAACAGCCAAGUUUAUAUUUAUGCGUGAGUGUCCAAGGCUCGCCAAGUGGAUGGGUAUAACAUUUUUUCCAACAACUACAGCAACAUUUUUUAAAACUGUUGUGGAGGAAACUAUCAAAGCGCGGGAAGAGCAAGGUAUCGUCCGACCAGAUAUGAUUCAUAUACUAAUGCAGGCUUGGGACAAGAAAGACUCCAGCGUACACAAGAUGACCAUAGACGACAUCGUCUCGCAGGCUUUCAUUUUUUUCCUCGCCGGUUUUGAUACAACUUCGACACUGAUGUGUUUCGCGAUUCACGAACUAGCGGUUAAUCAAGAGAUUCAGAACCGUUUGCGUAAGGAGGUGCAACUUUAUCUCGCCGAAGGGAACGGUGAGAUUUCCUACGACUCGCUAUCGAAGAUGUCUUAUAUGGACAUGGUGAUUUCCGAGGCUCUCAGAAAGUAUCCACCGGUAGUGUUUCUCGACAGAAUUUGCACAAAGAAAUAUGAACUGCCGCCAGCGGGGCCAGGCUACAAGAAUGUGAUUCUUAAACCUGACAGUCUACUGAUGUUUCCCAUUUACGGUUUACAUCGCGAUCCGCAGUAUUUUCCAAAUCCGAACAAGUUCGAUCCUGAGAGAUUCAGCGAGGAGAACAAAGACAACAUUGUACCGUACAGUUAUCUACCAUUUGGUCAGGGACCUAGAAAAUGUAUCGGCAAUCGAUUUGCCUUAAUGGAGACGAAGAUUUUGAUAGCUCAUCUUUUACAAAAAUUUACUCUAAAAACUAUGGAGAAAACCGUCGAACCGAUUGUAUACGAUAAAAAUGAGUUUACUUUACAACCUGUUGGUGGAUUCUGGAUCAGCUUGGAAAAGAGAGAAAAAUAAAAAUAUUCUAUAAUUGAAAAAACAUUGUCACAUUUUCAAUUAUCAGAAAUAUUCAAUACGUUUAUGCAUUCAGUAAACGAUUAAAGUGUGAAAUAAAAUUGAUUUGAUGUAUUAUGUAAGGCAAAUAAUCAAAUCUAAAGAUUAAAUUUUUAUUAAGGAGACAUAAAGAAUAUUAGUUUACAAUAAACAUACAUCGUAACUAGCGUAGAUUCUCAAAUCUAAGUACUCGACUGUUUCAUUGUUUUCACUUAUAUAACUUACUAUUAUCAUUUAUAUGAAUGAUAAAUGUGAAGAGUGUAUUUAUUUCUUAUCUUUGUUGAUAACACCUUUGAUAUUGAUGUACCUUUCUCAUGUGUAAGAAGUCUGAUAAUUGCAUUAUUUUGAAAUUUGAUUUCAAUUCCUGGUUUUAAUUCCCACUAAAAAAUUUUUCACUCAAAAUUAACUCACCUAUCUGGCGUUAUCCAUACUUUGGUAAUCCUUAUUUUAUACACUAUUAAACAAUACAUGCAAAUUUACAAUAUUUUUACAAAAGCAAUAUUUCUUAUUAAUAAGAAUUUUCAAAUUUUAACCCAAGCAUCAAAAUAUGUUUUCAAAA